AUGGUCGCGUUCAAGGUUCUCACGCUGGGACUUAUAGUCUCACAGGCCUACGCCACGUUCACCCUGCAAAAGCCCUCAAACGCCCAUUUGCAAGGCCUGCCCACGUCUGCCUCGCCCUCGUGGCCAGCCGCAUCGCACCAACUCGACCUUCUGCACGAGGCCGCGCUCCGUGUCGCCAACCACACCAUCGGCCAAGAUUCCGUGAGCCACAAUCGCGGGACCUGCACCGCCAAGAACCUGCGCGUUCGUCGCGAUUGGCGCGCAUUCUCCGCGCCCGACAAGAAGGCCUUUAUCAAGUCGGUGCGCUGUCUGCAACAACUGCCGGCCCGCACGCCCAAGCAUGUGGCGCCGGGGGCGCGGACUCGUUAUGAUGACUUUUUGGCUACGCAUAUCAACCAGACUCAGCAGAUUCACUACACGGGUACCUUCUUGGCCUGGCACCGUUACUUCAUUUUCGAGUUUGAACAGGCGCUGCGCAGCGAGUGCCACUACACCGGUGAUUACCCGUACUGGGUGUGGGGCGCUGAUGCCGGUGGGAUGGAAAAGUCCGAGGUAUUCGAUGGCAGCAACACGUCAAUGUCGGGCAACGGAGCCUACAUCCCAAACCAGAAGCACGUCAAGCUCCUUCUGGGCAAGUACGCACCGAUCGACCUGCCACCGGGCACCGGCGGCGGGUGCGUAACCAGCGGCCCAUUCAAGGACUACAAGGUCAACAUGGGACCCGCGGCACUGUCGUUGCCCGGCGGGAACGUGUCCACCUCGAAGAACCCGCUCGCCUACAACCCGCGAUGCCUGAAGCGGUCUCUGACCACCGAGCUGCUGCAGCGGUACGCGAACUACACGUCGACGGUGCGCCUGAUUACCGAGAAUGACAACGUGUGGAACUUCGAGAUGGCUAUGCAGGGCAUCCCCGGUAGCGGAUCGAUUGGCGUGCACGGCGGCGGCCACUACUCCAUGGGCGGCGACCCCGGCCGCGACGUCUACACCAGCCCCGGCGACCCCGCGUUCUGGCACCACCACGGCAUGAUCGACCGCGUGUGGUGGAUCUGGCAGAACCUUGAUCGGAAGCACCGUCUGCAUGACAUCUCGGGUACUGGCACUUUCAUGAACAACCCGCCCUCACCCAACACUACGCUCGACACGGUGAUUGAUAUCGGCCAUGCUAAUGGCGGGCCUAUUGCCAUGCGCGAGCUGAUGAGCACGACUGAUGGACCUUUCUGUUACGUGUAUAUUUAA